AAGUCAAACAUAAAAAAAAACGCUUUGGUUGGUUUGGUUUGGAGAUUUUCGAUUUAUUUCGGUAUGUUAAUCGAAAAAGCAAUUUAACGGAGUAUUCUGAAUUAUAGAUAAGAAAGACUUCUAUGUGUUUGCUCAAACAUGUCUGAAAAACUUGGCUUUGAAGAGCUUCGAGCAAAAUAUAAAGAUGUUCUAUCCAAAGCAUUUGCCACCAAUAAUAUUGACCUGCUGGAUUCCUUCACAAAAAACACCAGUGAAGUGGACAGGAAAGCUGCCAUGGAUCAGGCAUUUAGAGAUAAGUUAUUAGAACUGCUGGUUGAAGAACCUAACACUUUAGAAAACUAUGUCUGUUUCUGUAUAGAGUCGUGUAGACGGCAGAUGGUAACUCCUACGAUGCCAGUCGUCUUGCUGGGAGACAUAUUUGAUGCCCUCACCUUGAACAAAUGUGAGAAGAUGUUUACUUAUGUAGAAAAUGGUGUAAAUAUUUGGAAAGAAGAAUUGUUCUUUGUAGCAUGUAAGAAUAAUCUGCUCAGAAUGUGCAAUGACUUAUUGAGACGUUUAUCGAGAUCCCAAAACACUGUCUUUUGUGGUAGAAUCUUGCUAUUCUUGGCAAAGUUUUUCCCAUUCUCGGAGCGCUCUGGACUUAAUAUUGUGUCCGAAUUCAACCUUGAGAAUGUGACGGAGUUUGGGGGAGAUAGUACAAGUACACUUAAAGAUUCGCUGGACGAAGAAAUGGUUGUGGACACUGAGCAAAACAAGCUGAACAUAGAUUACAACUUGUAUUGUAGAUUCUGGAGUCUGCAAGAUUUCUUCAGGAACCCAAAUACUUGUUACAAUAAAAUACAGUGGAAAACAUUUGUUGCACAUUCAGGCAGUGUCCUCUCAGCAUUUGCAUCGUACAAGUUAGAAGCUAUCGAACUACAGAAGGCUAAACUGUACAGACUGAAGACUGUAGGCGGUGACGUGGAAAUGUCAGAGUCAAGCAAGGAACAGCAUUACUUUGCAAAGUUCCUCACCAACCAGAAGCUGUUGGAACUUCAGCUGUCCGACUCGAACUUCCGAAGAUGUGUUCUGAUACAGUUCCUGAUACUUUUCCAGUAUUUGACGUGUACAGUAAAGUUCAAAAUGGAGUCUCAAGAGCUAAAAAGCGAACAGCUGGAUUGGGUCAAAGACACGACAUCCCAGGUGUACAAACUGCUAGGAGAGACGCCACCAGACGGCGCUCGAUUCGCGGAUUGUGUCAAACGCAUCCUCCGCCGCGAGGAGCAUUGGAACACCUGGAAGAAUGAUGGAUGUCCAGAGUUCCAAAAACCCAAGCCCCCAGUCCAGACUGACUCAUCGGAUGACAUCAAGAAGGCGAAGAAACGCCGCCGUCCGGUCGGCGACAUUAUCAAGGAGUAUGAAGGGCAGCAAAAAUUCUUUAUGGGAAACAAUGAACUUACAAAGCUGUGGAAUCUAUGCCCAGAUAACUUAUCCGCCUGUCGCACCAAAGAAAGAGACUUCAUGCCGUCAUUAGAGUCGUAUAUGCUAAGUGGAGCGGGCACUGGCGGUAAACGAACUAACUGCGGCGGGUGGGGCUGGCGCGCGCUUCGUCUACUGGCGCGUCGCUCGCCGCACUUCUUCGUGCACACAAACAACCCUAUUGGACGCCUGCCCGACUAUCUGGAUGACAUGGUGGACCGCGUGACGCGAGAAGUGGCAGCGAAUGCCGCAGCAGCGAACAGCACCAACGGCGACUCGUCAAGUCUCUCCAGCGACAAGAAUGCCAAACAGUUUUCCACGCACGCGGCGGGAGGAGCGCGCACGCCUCCUCCAUCUCGACCGUCCCGUUCUGCGUCUGGGCUAAGCGUGACCCGGGUGACGGACCCGAUCGGCGGCGGCACAGCAAUGGCCGUCGGCGGCACGGAAUACUCCCGGCGGCGCGCCGCCUCUGCGCCGGCCACGCCGGCUCUUUCGCCCGCCUCCUCGCCACCUGGGUCACCGCAUAGAGGACCACACAAUAGGUAG